AUGUCCGCCCCACGACCAGUUUCGCGAUGCCUCCAGCGCAGUUCGAGGGUGCUUUCUCGCUCCCAAGUUUGUCCCGCCAGAUCUAACCUCUCUAUCGCCACAAUUUCAGCUCGAUCCUCUAUCACAAGAAGGACAUCUACUACAGUAUGGUCUGGCGCAAGAGUUCCAAUGGCUUCUCGUGCUUUUAGCACUACCUCUCGACUUCGAGAUGAUGACCAAGAUUUCGACCCCGCGAGCGUUGAACGAGAGUCCGACGAGGUUGAUGUCUGUAUCGUAGGAGCUGGUCCUGCUGGACUCAGCGCCGCCAUUCGCCUCAAGCAGCUUGCCAAUGAAGCUGGAAACGAGGAUUUUCGGGUACUUGUCCUGGAAAAGGCUGGCGACCUCGGCGCUCACAUCCUCUCUGGAGCUGUGAUCCAGCCCACCUCCAUCAACGAACUUAUCCCUGACUGGCUCGACGAGAACAAUCCCAAUCGUUUCGAACAUGCCACUCCUGCUGGCACUGACCGUAUGCGAUUCCUCACCAAGAACUCUGCUAUACCCAUUCCAGCGCCUCCUCAAAUGACCAAUCAUGGAAAUUACAUUGUUAGCUUGAAUCAAUUCGUAAAAUGGCUUGGAGAGCGGGCCGAGGAGAUUGGUGUUGAGGUUUACCCCGGAUUCGCUGCCUCUGAGGUCGUUUAUGCUUCAGAUGGCUCAGUUAAGGGUGUCGCCACCAACGACCUUGGGGUUGGGCGUGAUGGCAAGCCCAAGGAAACGUUUGAGCGAGGCAUGGAGUUCCAUGCCAGAGUGACCAUGUUCGGUGAGGGAUGCCAUGGAAGCCUGAGCAAACAGGUUAUCAACAAAUUCGAUCUGCGCAGGGACAGCCAGCAUCAGACUUACGGCCUUGGUGUCAAAGAGGUUUGGGAGAUUGAUCCUGCCAAGUUUGAAAAGGGGCUAGUUGUGCAUUCGAUGGGUUACCCGCUACCCAAAGAUGUGUACGGAGGCUCUUUUAUGUACCACUUUGGCGAGAAUCUUGUUCAGAUUGGUCUCGUCGUCUCGCUUGAUUACUCGAACCCUUGGAUGUCCCCUUACCAGGAGUUCCAGAAGCUGAAGCGGCAUCCCUUGUUCCGUGAUGUUCUCGAGGGCGGCAAGUGCAUCUCGUAUGGUGCUCGAGCUCUUAUCGAGGGUGGCUUCCAGUCUAUUCCCAAGGUCGCUUUUCCAGGUGGUGCACUCAUUGGUGACUCGGCUGGUUUCGUCAACGUUCCGAAAGUAAAGGGCACUCACAAUGCCAUGAAGUCAGGCAUGCUUGCCGCCGAGGCAGCAUGGACUGCUAUUAGCGAAAAGACCGAUGAAGGCACAGUAUUCUUGUACGACUACGAGAACAAGUUGAGAGAUUCUCCCAUCUGGAAAGAACUCAAGGAGGUGCGCAACAUGCGACCAUCUUUCCACACUCCUCUCGGUCUCUAUGGUGGCAUCAUGUACUCUGGUCUCGAGGCUUAUGUCUUCAAGGGUCGCGUUCCCUGGACACUUAAGCAUAAGACUCCCGACCACGCUGCUACCCUUCCCGCCGAUAAGGUCCCCAAGAUUGAGUACGAGAAGCCUGAUGGCAAGCUCACUUUUGAUAUCUUGACGAGUGUUUCCCGAACAGGAACCAACCAUGAGGAGGAUCAACCAGUCCACUUACAGGUCAAGGACUGGGACGCUCAUACUGAGUCAACAUACCCUCCUUUCAAGGGCCUGGAAAACCGAUUUUGCCCAGCUGGCGUUUACGAGUAUGUUGAGGACGAGUCAAAGCCUCAUGGCGUGCGCUUCCAAAUUAACGCACAGAACUGCAUCCAUUGCAAGACGUGCGAUAUCAAGGCUCCUCACCAGGAUAUCAACUGGCAGGUGCCCCAAGGAGGUGAAGGUCCUAAAUACUACAUGACCUAA